AUGCCCAGUUUUCACCAGCUCUCUCUCCUUCUGGGAACCAUCCUCCCCGCUGCUUUGGCUGCGCCCUUCGCCAGCAAUCACAAGCUGCAGGAGGGAGUCAUUCACGGAAAGUACAUCGUCACCCUCAAGACAGAUUCCGAUGACACCACGGUCCAAUCUCACCUGCACUGGGUUGAAGGUGUUCACCGUCGCAGCCUUUCGAAGCGAAGAAUUGUUGGCAUUCAGUCUACCUAUAACGCUACGAACUGGCAUGGUUACUUCGGAGAGUUCGAUGAGGACACCAUCAAGGAGAUCGAGGCCAGCCCUGAGGUUGCCUUCAUUGAGCCAGACCAUAAGAUCCACCUCCAAGGUGACUACGAGGACGGCAAGGUCUACUUCUGGGAACAGCCAGGACAGAUUUCCAAGAGGGCCUUGACCACCCAACAGGGUGCCACCUGGGGCCUCGGAACCAUUUCUCACCGGGAACCUGGUUUCACUACCUACACCUACGAUACCUCUGUCGGCGCCAACUCUUACGCCUACGUUGUCGAUAGUGGUGUCCAGGUCAAUCACUCCGAGUUUGAGGGUCGAGCCAUCGCCGGGUACAGCGUUUCCCCUGCUGCCCAUGUCGAUACCGUUGGUCACGGCACUCACGUUGCUGCGACUAUUGCCGGCAAGACUUACGGUGUGGCUAAGAAAGCCCAGAUAAUCUCUGUCAAGGUCUCUCAGGGACGUGAAAGCUCUAAUUCUGCCAGCCUCCAGGGCUUCGAUUGGGCUGUGAAUGACAUCGUCUCCAAGAAGCGUGCUGGUAGAUCUGUGAUCAACCUUUCCCUCGGAGGUCCUGCUUCUCAAGCCUGGACUGCUGCAAUUGCCUCUGCCUACAAGUCUGGUAUCCUCGCCGUUGUCGCGGCUGGGAGUGGCGACGAAGAUAGAAACCCCCUCCCUACCUCUAGGCGGUCCCCUGCCAAUGCCCCUAACGCUUUGACUGUCGGUGCUAUCGACUCUGACUGGAACCCUACCUCCUUUACCAACUACGGGCCUGAAGUCGACAUCAUGGCACCCGGCGACCACAUCGAAUCUGCUGGAAUUGGCUCUUCCAAUGCUGUUGCGACCAUGUCUGGCACCUCCAUGGCCUGUCCUCACGUUGCUGGUCUCGCUCUUUACCUUCAGGUGAAGGAGAAUCUUAGUGCCCCUGCUGCCGUGACCAAGCGCAUCAAGGCUCUUGGAACACCUGGACGGAUCAGCGGCAAUCUCAAUGGAAGCGCCAAUCUCGUUGCUUUCAACGGUGUCAGACAGUAA